GCUAUUAUGACGAAAUGACCACUACCUUUGAAGACAUCAAAGCCAAACGAGACAUCGUGGAGAAGGAGAUCACAGAGCUUCUCGAUGAAAAGGAGGAGAUCGAGAAGAGAAUGGCCAAGGCGCAAUCAGAGUUGGAGGCUGUCGAGGCCUCCAACAAGUCUAGCACCAAGGCCAAGCGGAAGAACGAUCGAAUCCUCCGGCAGCUAGAGGCUGGAGGCGCCAUUGCGCGGCAAGCGCUGCGAAGACUGCAGCUUAGCCGGAUGCCGCUGGCGCAGAGAGUCGCCAACGUCCGGCAGGAUUUUCGCGAGGCGGCGCUUAGCAACGUAACGCCCAGCUCGCCGGUGUCGAGGCAAAGGGUAGCCGUGGACGAUUUGCAAAUGACUUUGCGACAGACCGGUGAGGAGGAAGCCGAAAUCCGGAUAGCCUUGCGCCGGUAUACGCCGCCUGGACUCAGCGAGCCGCCAGUGAUUGUUUUCUUCCAUGGGGAAAGCUAUGUCGCUGGCGAUUUAGACACACAUGGCUGGAUGUGUGAAUCGCUGGCUGUCCUAUCGCGGGCCGCAGUAGUGUCAGUCGCCUACCGGCAGCCACCUGAAGUGCGAUUUCCAGGGGCCUUCAACGACGCCUUUGGAUCAGUCUGUUGGGUUGCGGAAGGAGGCUUGGGCUACUCCCCUCCCUUCCUGGCCCUCGCCGGUGACGCCGCUGGUGGCGGCCUUGCCGCGGCAUGCGCACUGCGUGCGGCGUUGGAUGGACCCAGAAUAGCACUGCAGGUGCUUCUCUAUCCGUGGCUAGAUGUCAGGCCAACCAGCCAAUCGAUGCUCAGCUUCGAGGAGACAAACGACCUCCACCUUAUGAUGCAAGAGGAGCUUGCCUUUGCCAGCGAGGUGUACGGGCCGAAAGUCGACGUCCCAGAGGAUGAGGACGAGGAGGACGACGACGAUGGGCCUAAAGUCUUAGACUGGAUGAAGGCGAGGGAGGCAUCACCGCUUCUGGCAGAGUCUCUGCGACAGAUGCCUCGGACUUUUCUGGCGUAUGCCGCUGACGACCUCCUGGCUCCAGACUGCCGCAGUUUCGCGGCGCGGCUCAGGACUGAGGUCGGCGGUGAGGCGGUGCAUGAGCUCGAGCUGCCAGCCCCAUUGGGGCCAGGCUUUGCCAAGGAUCCGCAGAAGCCCCAAGCCUAUGCUGCUCUAGCGGCAGCCGGGGCCUUUGUCUCCGCGCUCAGCGCCAAGGUGGAGAAGGAUCCUGCAGAAGCGCUGCCAGCAGCGCUGUCGUGGCUAUUCAACUGGGACCAGGUAUCAGCUCAUGCCGCCGCUGAACGGCGCUUCGAGGUGCGUUUGCUGGAAGACGAGGAUGUAGGCCGGAAGUUUGGGCCUCUGCCUGGGAGCGAAGAGGACAAAAGGCACCUCAACGGUGCUUUGGUCCUCUGCUCCUUCGCCUCGCGCCGCAGCGGACCUCCGCCUCGCACCCGCACGUGCGAAGGCUACGCUGACCUCGCCACGGCCGAGCUUCCAGGACACCCCGACCUGUUUCAGGACUUCCUUGCAAAUUGCAAAGCUCCGGGCCACUUUGCACCUCCAGAGCGAGGUCAAAGGUCCAGCUCGCCAGCUGCACCAGCUACGCACAAGGCAGAGACUCCUUCAGAACAUCCAGGGAGCGUGUGCUGCGCUGUGGAGGCAGCUGAAACGCCAACAACAGCUGGCGGAAUGACGGGCUCGUCCUCCCCGGAGCUUUCUCCGCGACAGCCACUUCGAGCCCUCAGGGAGCUCCUGGAGGUGGUUGGCAUCAGGAAAGCCCUAUUGGAUUCCCUGCCUGUGGUCUCUACCGCGCGAUGUCGCGGCACAAGCCCUGCCGUUCGGGGUAUGGUGGCUGCCUACCUACAUGCCCGGGCAGGCAGAGGCGCCAGCCAGGAGUUUGACUUUGAGGUAGAACCAGCCGGUGGCGUUGCCGCGCCGUCAGCUGAGCCCGAGCCGGUGGAGGAGCCUCCCAUGGAGGAGGCCAAGACUGAGCAGAGCCAGCAACGUGAACCUCAAGCAGGACAGCUGGCACACAUUUCAGGAAUGCUGCGGCCGCCGCUUUUGGCCACGCCUCGCGGCCACUUCACCAGCAAGGUCUCCGUCAGGGAGGAGGUGGAGCGAGAUCUGGCGCGGCUGUUGGCUGAUCCCAAUGCAAGGAUCUUCGUACUUUCCCAGCCUGGGUGCUCUUUGAGACCACUCCUGGCGCGUGGGAGGAGUGCUGGCCGCACAGCCCUCGAAGCUCUCUCAGCUGGGCUGCCUCCACUCCCCUCGGAGCAGUCUGCCGCCCAUCUGGCAGCUCAAACGGCUGCGGCCAUGUCGGCCAGCAUCGGCGUAGACUUCACAGUACAAGCUGGGCUGCUGCCGCAGUUUCACCAGCCCAUGUUUGUGCUCCUUCUGCUUGGGCCGUCCCCAGGAGCCGAUCUACAAGCCCGUCUCAUCAUGAGUGGGUUCGUGGCCGGAAAGGCCAAGCAUGUGCAAGGCGAUCGGCCCGACAGCAAGUUUACCCCCUGGUGUGCGUCACUGGCAUCUCCAGACUUGCUGAAGUCUUCUCCGGAACCGGGCAGCAUCUGGAGCUGGGACUACUCUGUGCGUGAGGCUUUCGCUGAUGACAUAGGCACUGCAGUGGAGUGCGAUGUCCUGCAGCUGGCUGAUGCUGUCUCUUCUGGAAAGUG